AUUCUUACAAAUAAUAUAAUCAGAUUUCCAUAUUGUUCUAAUCUAAAUUCUAAUAUGUUACAUGGUUGCAGAAGGAAAAAUUAGGCAGAACUCCUACUAGGCUUGAAGUUUUUGAAGCUGACCAUAAGAGAAAGGAUGGGACAUACAUCAAUGAUCAUGUUAAAAUUUCAUGGUAAUUCCUGUGGAUAAAGCAAAUGAAAUGGAGGGACCUAGAGAGGAGGUUUUCCAGAAGCUAGCGGGUCCAGAGCAUCCUGGGAGGCUUCGAUGCUUGGGGUUAGCGCCAAGUCAGAGCGCUCUCAUAUGAAGAUG